CUUUGAUCUUAUUUUUUGGUAUUUGUUGAAGUCCAUGGCUGCAGUUGGCAUACCAGCUUCUUUGAGCCACCUAAAAUAUCUUAAAUUGUCUGAAAUAUGUUUUGGGCUAACAAUGGAUGUCAAGUUUGCACUUUUCUUGAUCAGAAACUCCCCCAACUUACAGAAAAUUACAAUUGAGGCAUUUGUCAGCACAGAAGCUGUUAAAGGUUCUGUUCUAGGAUUUUAUGAUACACUAAGCAACACAAAAGUCUCUUGCUUUCGACUUCGAGAAGUGGUGAUGCGUUGUAUGACUGGCACAUUGCCUGAAUUGAUGUUUGUUAAGUUUCUGCUGGCCACAUUGCCGAUGCUGGAGAAGAUGCUUAUUGAACCCAAUCCAGCGAAGGUUAAUGACAGAGGAUUGGAGAUAUUGAAAGAAGUAAUACGAUUUCGCCGUGCGUCAUCUUGUGCAGAAAUCAUGUUCAAGGAUUUCUAUUAGCAUCAAGUUAAGCACAUGAAUUGUUUUGGUCAUCGAACUGCUUUAAGAGAGAAUGGUUACUCCAUCUUUUGUUUUUUUUGUUGAAACUGUCUGGUUUAAGUUCAUUGAGGAAACAGUGGAAGACAGAAAUAUUUUUUGGGUGCAUAUAGAAUCCUAAUGAUGG